AUGACUCCCUGGAAAUGGGAAUUCCUGCCUGCGCGGAGCGCUGCGAGCGCUCGGACCGAAAGUUCUGUCACAGUGCCACCCGGUGGGGUGUGCGAUGGGCUCGUCAACAACGGGCUCAUCAACAACGGGCUCAUUAACAACGGGCUCAUCGACAACAGGCUCAUUAACAACGGGCUCAUUGACAACGGGCUCAUCGACAACGGGCUCAUCGACAACGGGCUCAUUGACAACGGGCUCAUCGACAACGGGCUCAUCGACAACGGGCACAUCGACAACGGGCUCAUCGACAACGGGCUCAUCCACAACGGGCUCAUCGACAACGGGCUCAUCGACAACGGGCUCAUUGACAACGGGCUCAUCGACAACGGGCUCAUUAACAACGGGCUCAUCGACAACGGGCUCAUCAACAACGGGCUCAUCGACAACGGGCUCAUCAACAACGGGCUCAUCGACAACGGGCUCAUCAACAACGGGCUCAUCGACAACGGGCUCAUCAACAACGGGCUCAUCGACAACGGGCUCAUCAACAACGGGCUCAUCGACAACGGGCUCAUCAACAACGGGCUCAUCGACAACGGGCUCAUCAACAACGGGCUCAUCGACAACGGGCUCAUCAACAACGGGCUCAUCGACAACGGGCUCAUCAACAACGGGCUCAUCGACAACGGGCUCAUCAACAACGGGCUCAUCGACAACGGGCUCAUCAACAACGGGCUCAUCGACAACGGGCUCAUCAACAACGGGCUCAUCGACAACGGGCUCAUCAACAACGGGCUCAUCGACAACGGGCUCAUCAACAACGGGCUCAUCGACAACGGGCUCAUCAACAACGGGCUCAUCGACAACGGGCUCAUCAACAACGGGCUCAUCGACAACGGGCUCAUCAACAACGGGCUCAUCGACAACGGGCUCAUCAACAACGGGCUCAUCGACAACGGGCUCAUCAACAACGGGCUCAUCGACAACGGGCUCAUCAACAACGGGCUCAUCGACAACGGGCUCAUCAACAACGGGCUCAUCGACAACGGGCUCAUCAACAACGGGCUCAUCGACAACGGGCUCAUCAACAACGGGCUCAUCGACAACGGGCUCAUCAACAACGGGCUCAUCGACAACGGGCUCAUCAACAACGGGCUCAUCGACAACGGGCUCAUCAACAACGGGCUCAUCGACAACGGGCUCAUCAACAACGGGCUCAUCGACAACGGGCUCAUCAACAACGGGCUCAUCGACAACGGGCUCAUCAACAACGGGCUCAUCGACAACGGGCUCAUCAACAACGGGCUCAUCGACAACGGGCUCAUCAACAACGGGCUCAUCGACAACGGGCUCAUCAACAACGGGCUAGAAGUGUUUGUGUACUGUAAGAGGUGGUCAGUGUGAAAGGGCAAAAAAGCCCCAAAUCCCAGAACG